AUGAUGGAGCAUCCUGAGGAUGAGGCUCGAGGUGGUGGAGGUGAACAUCACGAGAAACAUGAUGAUGAGGAAUCUGUUGCUCGUUUGGAGGAAUUUAAGAAGUCUAUGGAAGCCAAGUUGGCUCUUCGACAGAGUAACCUGAACCCUGAAAGACCUGACUCUGGGUUUCUCAGGACCUUGGAUUCAAGCAUAAAGCGUAAUACAGCUGUCAUCAAGAAACUUAAGCAAAUUAACGAAGAGCAAAAAGACGGAUUGAUGGAAGAUCUGCGCAGUGUAAAUUUAAGCAAAUUUGUCAGCGAAGCUGUGACUGGUAUUUGUGAUGCGAAGCUUAAAUCUGCAGAUAUUCAAGCGGCUGUGCAGAUCUGUUCUGUUCUUCAUCAAAGGUACAAAGAAUUCUCUCCAAGUCUUGUUCAAGGUCUGAUGAAGGUCUUUUUACCUGGGAAAUCUGCUGAAGACCCAGAAGCAGACAGGAAUUCAAAAGCUAUGAAGAAGCGUAGUACUUUAAAACUUCUUCUGGAGCUGUAUUUCGUUGGGGUUUUCGAUGAUUGUGGCAUAUUUGUUACUAUUAUAAAAGACCUCACUAACUUAGAUCAUCUAAGGGACCGCGAUACAACUCAGACGAAUCUGUCCCUGCUUUCUAGUUUUGCUCGUCAAGGGAGAUAUCUUCUUGGUCUUUCACUGACUGGACAAGAAUUUCUUGAAGAGUUCUUCAAGAGUCUUAGUGUAACCGCAGAGCAGAAAAAGUUCUUCAGAAAGGCCUUUCAGAUGUACUAUGAUGCCACCUUGGAACUACUACAAACAGAGCAUGCUUCACUUCGCCAAAUGGAGCGUGAGAAUGCGAAGAUCUUGAAUGCGAAAGGUGAACUCAGUGAGGAGAAUGCUUCCUCAUAUGAAAAGCUGCGAAAAUCAUUUGACCAUCUGUACCGCGGCAUCACUGCUUUGGCUGAGGCGCUGGAUAUGCAACCUCCUGUAAUGCCUGAGGAUGGCCAUACGACCAGGAUGACUACAGAGGAUUUAUCAUCUCCGAGUUCCAGUAAAGAUAGUUCUGUACUUGAAGCUUUAUGGGACGAUGAAGACACUCGGGCAUUCUAUGAGGGCCUACCAGAUCUCAGAGCAUUUGUUCCUGCUGUUUUGUUGGGAGAAGUAGAACCAAAAGUGACUGAGCAAUCUCCCAAAUCACAAGACCAACCAAAUGACGCAGUUGCGGAAGCGGACAGUGGUCUGAUAGCACAGGACCUGCUGGAGGUUUCUUUAGAUUCUGGAUCUUCCCAGGAGGAUAAAAGUGAGAAAUUAAAGGACAGAGAUGAAAAAGAUAAAGAUAAAAGCAAAGAAUCAGAUAAAGAGAGAGGGAAAGAAAAGGAGACUGAAAAGAAAGGAGAAAGUGAAAAGGAGAAGGUUAAAGGUGUUGAAGGAGCGAAUCUGGAUGCUCUACUGCAGAGGCUCCCCGGUUGCGUCAGCCGUGACUUGAUUGAUCAAUUGACUGUAGAAUUUUGCUAUUUAAAUUCAAAAUCUAGCAGAAAGAAGCUUGUGAGGACCUUGUUUAAUGUGCCUAGAACGUCAUUAGAGUUGUUGCCGUACUAUUCUCGCAUGGUUGCUACACUGUCAACAUGCAUGAAGGAUGUAUCAUCUAUGCUUUUACAGUUAUUGGAGGAAGAAUUCAAUUUUUUGAUCAAUAAGAAGGAUCAAAUGAACAUUGAAACAAAAAUCAGGAAUAUCAGGUUUAUUGGAGAACUCUGCAAAUUCAAAAUUGCAUCGCCGGGGCUUGUUUUCAGCUGCCUCAAGGCUUGUUUAGAUGAGUUCAGUCACCAUAACAUUGAUGUUGCAUGCAAUCUUCUUGAGACAUGUGGCCGUUUCCUUUACCGCUCUCCUGAGACUACUGUACGCAUGGCGAACAUGUUGGAGAUACUGAUGCGCUUGAAAAAUGUCAAGAAUUUGGAUCCUCGCCACAGCACAUUGGUGGAGAAUGCAUAUUACUUGUGUAAGCCACCAGAAAGAUCUGCUCGUGUCUCUAAAGUUCGUCCUCCCCUGCAUCAGUACAUCAGAAAACUGCUUUUCUCUGAUCUUGAUAAAUCUUCAAUUGAGCAUGUACUGAGACAGCUCCGGAAACUACCUUGGAGCGAAUGUCAGCAGUACCUAUUAAAGUGCUUUAUGAAGAUUCACAAGGGAAAGUUUGGUCAGAUUCACCUGAUUGCAUCACUCACUGCUGGCUUAAGUCGCUAUCAUGAAGACUUUUCUGUUGCAGUUAUUGAUGAGGUUUUGGAAGAAAUAAGGCUUGGAUUAGAGUUGAAUGAUUAUGGAAUGCAGCAAAGGCGUGUUGCCCACAUGCGUUUCUUGGGAGAAUUGUAUAACUAUGAGCUCGUUGAUUCAUCUGUUAUUUUCGAUACUCUAAACUUGAUUUUGAGUUUUGGUCAUGGAACUGCGGAGCAAGAUGUGUUGGAUCCACCAGAGGAUUUUUUCCGCAUUAGGAUGGUUGUUACACUUCUUGAAACCUGCGGUCAUUACUUUGAUCGAGGCUCAUCCAAGAGGAAGCUUGACAGAUUCCUGAUUCAUUUCCAGAGAUACAUACUAUGUAAAGGUGCAGUACCUCUGGAUGUUGAGUUUGAUUUGCAGGACUUAUUUGCUGAACUGCGCCCCAACAUGACUCGAUAUUCCUCAAUUGAAGAAGUUAAUGCUGCUUUGGUUGAACUUGAGGAGCAUGAGCGUUUUGUUGCAACUGAAAAGGCUAACUACGACAAACACUCAGAUGCAGAAAAGACCCCUAGCAGGGCCAAGUCUGGUGUAGUGUCUGUUAACGGACAAGGCCAUGCAAAUGGCGUUGAGGAAAAUGGUGAAUUGCACGAUGAGAUCGGUGGAGUCACUGAGAGCGAUUCGGGAAUUGGAACCAGUAAUGACGAAGAUACAGAUGAGGGGGAUCAUGAUGAAGAAAGUGAGAGUGAGGAGGAUUACGACGACUUAGCUCCUCCUGCUUCUGAUGAAGAGGACGAGGUUCGCGUUAGGCAAGUUGCUACCCAUGUUGAUCCACAGGAGGAAGCUGAAUUUGAUAAAGAACUUCGGGCUCUGAUGCAGGAGAGCUUGGAUUCCCGAAAACUCGAGCUGCGAGCCCGACCUGCCCUUAACAUGACUAUACCCAUAAAUAUGUUGGAGGGGUCUGCCAAAGAUCACUCGGGAAGGUAUACAGAAGGGGAAAGUGGUGAUGAAACAACAGAUAUUGCACCAGAAGGAAACAAGGAGGUUCAAGUGAAGGUUUUGGUGAAACGGGGUCACAAGCAACAAAUGAAGCACAUGUACAUUCCCAGAGAUUGUUCCCUAGUGCAGAGCACAAAACAAAAGGAAGCAGCUGAGCUUGAAGAGAAACAAGACAUCAAACGCCUUGUUUUGGAAUACAAUGACAGAGAAGAAGAGGAGCUCAAUGGCAUGGGAUCAGUGCCAGCAAGCUGGGUUCAAAGCGGCGGAAGUAGAGUUGCCGGCAGGGGCCAUGCAUGGGAUGGGCAUGGUAGGGCUAGUGGAUCACGUCAUAGGCAACAACAUCAUCAUCUGCAUCAUUCUGGUGGAGGUAUAUAUUACAGCAGAAGAAGAUAA